AUGGCAGAUUCUAAUGAAUCAACGCUGGUAGCUCCUCAUAAUAUGGUACCAGAUAAAACCUACGAUUCGUUUCCUCUCUUUUCCAAACUCCCAACGGAAGUUCGAUUACUGAUAUGGAAAAUGGUAAUUCCGGAUCCAAGGAUUAUACAACUAGAAGCACAUUCUAUUUCUCGUUGUGAGCACGCGAUGGUUAGAGUACGCUCAGAUAUGGUUGUACCAGAUAAAUGCCAAAACGACGAUUACGAUGGUUCAGAUGGUACUAUCUGCACCGGCAUCCACGGUAUGAUUCCACAGGAUCUCGGAAGUUUGGACGCCGUUCGGGCACGUUUAGAGGAUGAUGAUCAAUUUGGUUUCACUUCAGCAGCGGUCCCUCCACCAUUAUUGACGGUUUGCCGCGAAUCACAUGAUGUCGCGAUCAAAAAUUACACAAGAGCAUUUCCGUCUGUUGGGGCUUUUGCCGAGACUUAUUUUGAUUACGAAAGAGAUGUCUUGUAUCUUUCGGCAACUUACAUCCAAUAUGAAGUGGCUCAUGUCGGAGAUUGUCACGUCAUGGCGCGGUCUGAGGCAUGUAAGGUGCAAAAUCUUGCCAUCCGAAUGUCAUUUCAAGUUGAGUUUCCAGGAAAUUUCAUCAUUCCCAUGUUAUUGAGAUUAUUCUGUAACGUUAAGAGUUUAACCAUUUUGAUCGAGGAUUGCCAAACCGACGUUUAUGAGAAUGGAAUGACUCAGGAACAGAGAAGGAGUGAACUAGUAUUGUUCGAGCCAAUUGAGAUUGGUCAGGCUCUACUCAUGUUCGAAGCGGCUGAAACCCAAUUUAGCGACAUAUAUAAAGGGCUGCUCUGCGAGAGCGAAGAACGAGAUAGCCUAGAUGUUGAUAUGGGUUAUCUCGAGAGAAAAAGACUAGAGGACAUCAAGAAAGGCUCGGUGUGGAAUUUACCGAAAAUCCAGUGGAAGAUCUUGACAACUGCCACAUUCAAGACCAAUUUCGAGCAGUUACAGAACGACUACGAGCUGCUCACAGGCGUGAAAUGUUAUAGAAUACAUGAUACUCACAAAUUUACAAUUGAUCCAAAGCAGUUGCUUCUUGAACCCUAG